AGCGGGAGCUGCGUGGCGGUGGCAGCGGUUGAGGGGGUGCCGCGGGCCCGACCCCGCGUCCCGGGCAAGAUGUGGCGGCGGCGGUGGGAAGCGGGAUGGGACGAGAAGAGGGAGCUGCAGGAGCUCAACUCCCGGCUGCGGGUCUUCGUGUCCCGCGUGCGGGAGUUGGAGGAGGAGAACCGCUUUCUGGCGCGGGAGCUGGCGGAGCUGCGGGAGCAGGAGCUGGUGGGGCUGCGGGUGCCCGAGCAGGAGCUGGCCUGGCUGCGGAUGCAGCUGGAGGAGCUGAGCAGGGCGAAGCUGGAAGCGGAGCUGGAGCGGGACGGGCUGCGGCGGGAGCUGGAGCAGCUGCAGCUGCUGGGCUCGGAGGUGCUGGCGAUGCGGCGGCGCCUGGAGCCCGAGCUGGUCGGGCAGCAGCGGCUGUUGGAGCGGCUGCGGGGAGAGUGCAUAGCUCUGGAGGAGCUGCUGCUGCAGCUGCAGGCCGAGCACGGGCACCUGGCGGAGCGGCAGCGGCGGGAGGCGGUGGAGAUACGGGAGUUGCGGAUGGACCUGGCCGCGCUGCCGCCGCCCUUGUCCGGGCUGAGCCUGGAGGAGCUGGAGGAGACCUACGAGAUGCUGCUCAGCCAGAGCUGCCGGGAGACCCUGCUGCGCUACCAGGAGCAGCUCCAGGUGCUGCAGGAGCAGGAGGCGCAGCGGAGCCGGGAGAACCUGGAGCUGCUGCGGGAGGAGAGCCGGCAGUGCCGGCAGCACCUGGAGGACCUGCACCGCCAGGGCCGGGAGCUGUGCGGGCUCCGGGAGCGGCUGGAGCAGGAGCUGCUCGCCUUGCAGGACCGCCACGGCGCCGAGGUGGAGGAGUAUCAGAGGAUAAUCGAUGCUCUUGAAGAAGAAAAGCAGUUCCUCACCGCAUCAAUCACAGAUUACCUGAAGGACUAUCAAGAACUACUGCAGGUGAAAACAGGCCUCAUCCUUGAAAUUGAAACCUACAGAGCUUUGUUAGAAGGGGAGAGCAACCAGUGGAUUAUUACAUGGAGAGAGCAGUAUGGAGGAAAAUUGCCUCAAGAUAUUAUAAACACUUCAUAUAACUACACUGAUAUUUACUCUACUUAUCAAGAAAAUAACAGAAAUAAAGCUUCACCAGCUCUCAGGAUCACUGAUACAAGACGCAGGAUGCCAGUGACAAAUACCAGCAGUUCUGCACGUUAUUCAGCUCGGUCAACACAGGCUGGAUCGCAGACUACAGCUAGUGGAAGAGGUUUUGGAAGAGAUGUACUUGGUUCAGUAUAUCGCCCUUCAACAACUGUUAGAGAGGAUGAAAGGAUUUUAACAGACCACAAAGAAUUAAGAACAUUUACUCCAGCUUACAGUAGCUGGAAAACCACUGAAAUGCAGCAUAAGACAAUUCCUGACAGAAAGAAAACGGAAGUUACAACUUCAUCCACAGUAUCUUUUUCAAAAUCAGCACAUGCUGAAAGAUCAGACAAGGACCACAAGCCUGACACAAAGCCCGGGACUACUGAAAAUAUAAGAACAAAACCAAGCUUCACUAGAUUCCCAAUGUAUGAGCUGGAUACCAAUUAUAAACCAUCUAAGUAUGAAGAAACCAUAACUGAAACUUGGACCACACGAAAAGAAAACAGAGGAAGCAGCAAACCAACUGAAGAUAAAUCUCUGCUGAAAGAAAAAGAUAAGCCAGAGAAACAAACAAAGGAGGAGGAAAGGAAAACAGAUGAGAAAUCCUUUAAAGAAGAAAGAAGUGUUGAUUUUGGAAGGAAAAUGGAGGAGAAAACAUAUAUCCGUGAGGAAGUCAUUAACCAGAAGUUAACGGGGAGUGAUAUUUCUAAUGCAAGAACUUUGAAAAGCGAAUCAAUCAAAAAGGAUAUAAAUGCAGCUUCGGAAUCGAGAAGCAAAGGAGUCAUUGAGAUACCUAUCACGAUUGAAAAACCAGCUCCUGACAAAGAAUCUCCCAGUAAUAAAGAUAUAAGGUUAAAAGGUGUUAAAACUUCCAUAGGAAGAGAAACAGAUGAGCAUGUAACUAAGCCUGCUGAAAUUCACCGAGUGAGGAUUUCAGAAGCAGAAUCCAGUUUGAAAGAUGAAGAGCAAAUGAGUGACAGAAGUCAUAAAACGGGAUCUCUGUCAACUGAAAAUAUAGCAGAGAAUAUUGUUGCUGACAUUCUUAGAAGUUUUACACAUUCUUCUAGCUCACAAGUAUCUACAGACACAAAAGUGACCUAUUUUAAUAAGAAAGAAGAACCAGAUGAUGGAAAAAUCAAGACUGAGAUCACAGUGCAAUCUCAAAUUCAAGAAAACAUAGAUAUUUCUGGUGAAGCUGAUGCGGGAGGUCUAUCAUACCAGGAUGUUAGGAAAGUGGUUCGAGAGGGUGUUGAGGGAACUCCUUCCAAAGAGGAGAUAGAAGAUAUAGUACAUCAUGGCCUGAAAGGCAACGAGGACAGGAAGAAUGUGUCUGUUAACGUUGAGAUUGUAGAGGAGCCACUAGAUUAUGCCACUGAUGAAAGGGCUGAUUUUUCCACACCUUUUGAAGUAGAGGAAGUGGAAGAUACAUUCCCUGAGAGAGAUAGGCGUUACGGUGAGGAGGAGCAAAGCGUAACGUUCACAUAUGAAGAUGUUAAAAAGAAGAAACCACGCCAUGAGAGUUUCACUCAUGUGGAAGAAGUAACUGAGGAAGAUGACUCACCUACUGAACAAAAAUAUUUUGUGUCUGUUCCUGAUGAUCAUCCCAUUAUUAAUGAAAAAGACGAUGACUCAGUAUAUGGGCAAAUACAUAUAGAAGAAGAAUCAACUAUUAAGUAUUCUUGGCAAGAUGAAUUUUUACAAGGCACGCAAAGUAAGAGAGAUGGUGUAAGCUCUCCAGAAGAAACAUAUCAGGUGGUAGGGGAGGAAGCAAGUGCCCAUAUUUUAAAAGAGCAUCCUGAAGCUGAAACUUCCCAUGUAGAAUCCAUGGUUAUUGAAAAAGAAAUUAAAAUUCCCCAUGAAUUUCAGACUUCAAUAAAAGGGCUUUUAUCAAAGGAAACAAAGGACCCUAAAUUGCAGUUGAAGGAAGCUUUGGAGCAGUUAGAGGGCAGUCUCCCAGACAGUGUGAAAGAGGAGCUAUCUGCAUUAACAAAACAAAGUCAAGCUGACUCCAGUAGCUUAGAGGUAGAUAUCAAAAAAGUUGAUCAAAAGGAGGAUGCUGGUGUGGUGACUAUUGUUGCUGAAGUCAAUCUAUCACAGACCCUUAAUACUGAUGAAUUCGAUGCAGCUCAGCUUGAUGAAGUAAUUGCAAGUGAGAAGGAGAAGGCAACACUGCAUUCCCUGAGAAAAGAGAGUUCGGAGAGAGUUGUUGAUGGUGUAAGCAAUAUAGAAGUAGAUGGUGACAAAUGCACUUCUUUGGCUGAUCAAGAAAUCUACAACUCCUCCACAGUGAGGAGAACUGGUAGCACAGGGUAUCAUACCACUGAAAAAGUUAUUUAUGACGGUUCAGUUUUUGAAGCUUCAGUUUUUGGAGAAGUCUCUCACUCACCACAAUCUGAUGAGACCAGCACCAUAAGGCAUAUUAGGAUUGGUCCAGCAGAAGUUCAGAGAUUCGAGCAGAUCGUGCAUGAAGGGUCUGGUGCUGAAACAGUGGAGAUCAGUGCUUCAGAAGAUGUUGUUCAGAGAGAAGGAUCGUCAGAGUUCAGCCGAUCUGUGAGACAUUUUAAGCUGGGUCCUAAAGAAAUCCAAACCACAGAAGAAGUCAUUUAUUCAGGCCCUAUUUCUACUACAGAAGAAAUAAUUUAUACAGGCCCUAUUUCUACAGCUGCAGAAGAGAUUGAUUCUGGAAAUCUUUCCCAGUUUUCAAGAGACUUCAACAGGUCCACAAGACAUGUCACAGUAGGAUCAAGGCAAGUAACUGAAGAAGUAUCUUUUGAAGGACCUGUUUCAGACUCUCUGGAGCUCAACAGCUCAGGUAACAUUUCUCAGACAGAAGGGUCUGUGGACUCCAGCAAAUCAAUAAUGCACUUCAGAUUAGGUCCAAAAGAGAGUCAAACUGAGCAAGUUAUCUUUGAAGGACCAAUCUCUGGUAAAGUGGAGGUCAGUGACACUAGAGGCUUCUCACAGACAGAAAGUUCAGUCAGACAUAUUCAGUUGGGUCCCCAAGAGUUUAUGACAGCUGAAAAAAUCAUCUACCAUGGGCCCGUCUCUGAGCACACAGAAAUCAGUGAACUGGAAGACCAGACUCUUUCAGGAGGCUCAGUAAAGCAUUAUAGAGUAGGUCAAGUGGGAGUUAAAACCACUGAACGAAUCAUCUAUCAAGGCUCCCUUUCUGAACCUCCACAGCUCAUUUACCAAGAAGGACAUAUUUCAGAGAAUGAAGGAAGCUCAGAUACCAGUAGAUCUUACAGGCAUGUUAAAAUAACUCCUGUAGAAAGUCACACUGAGGAAAUAAUCUUCUCAAGACCUACUUCUGAAACAGCGGGAGACCUUUCACAAACAGAAGAGUCAUCUGAGAGCAGUAGGUCUGUAAAGCAUAUUAAAGUAGGAUCCAAGGAAGCAUCUUACACUUUUCAAAUGGAUGUUUCCAAUAUGGGUGGAAUAUCUAUCAUAAAAAGUGGAGAACAGCAAGGAACAAUGCUCGUAUCCAAUAACCAAGAUCCUUCUGUUAGUCAGUCACAGAUGGCAGAGAAUGAAAAGAAUGAGUUUGAUAAAACUGUGCAAUUGCAAAGAAUGGUAGACCAAAGGUCAGUUAUUUCUGAUGAAAAGAAAGUCGCUCUUCUCUAUCUGGACCAUGAGGAGGAAGAUGAUGAUAAUGAUGGACAGUGGUUCUGAAAGGACUCUUUAAUGAAAUCUAGUUGGUAACUUGUUUA